GUUCUUCGUUCUUUCUUUUUCUCCAUUCUCCUUUCACAGAAAAUUUUACGCAUAUAUUAUUGAUGAGAAAAGAAAACCCUAACUUUUCAUUGAAAAAUCCACAAACUUUGAUCUAUCAAUGACGGAUUCAGAUGCAAAUCUAACAGCUCUUCCAGAGGAAGGAGUAGAAGAAGCAGAAGAAGCUGGAACUCAAACCCUUCCUUCUGUUUACUCAUCGAUCCCUAUUCGUCCAGCAACUCAAACUUCUAAACAAAAGUAUGCACCUAUAGAAUGGUUAGGCUACUUUGACAAAGACGAAGACAUUAAGAUUCCUGAUUCAAAUGAUGUGUUCCAUGUGUACAUGGCGGGAUCUGAAGGGCCAGUUGUUUUUUGUUUGCAUGGAGGCGGAUUCUCAGGGCUUUCAUUUGCAUUGUCAGCAAGUAAAAUAAAGGCCAAUGCUCGGGUUGUAGCCAUGGACCUUAGAGGACAUGGCAAGUCAUUCACAGAAGAUGAUUCAGAUCUAUCCAUAGAGACUCUUCGCAGUGAUGUAUUAGCUGUUAUAAACGCAAUGUAUGGAGAUUCUCCGCCUGCAAUUGUACUUGUUGGCCACAGCUUGGGAGGUUCAGUUGCUGUGCAUGUAGCUGCAAAGAGAGCUAUAUCAAAAUUGGCUGGGCUGGUUGUUGUUGAUGUUGUUGAGGGAACAGCUAUGGCUUCACUGAUGCAUAUGCAAAAAAUUCUAUCGGGCAGAGUGCAGCAUUUCCCCACUUAUGAAAAAGCGGUUGAAUGGAGUGUGAGAGGAGGUUUUUUACGGAACAUUGAGUCUGCACGUAUAUCCGUUCCAUCCACUUUAAAAUUUGAUGACUCAAGGAACUGUUAUAUUUACCGAACGCCGCUAGAAGAGUCAGAAACAUAUUGGAGAGGAUGGUAUGAAGGCCUUUCUGAUUUGUUUUUGGCUUCCCCCGUGCCGAAGCUGCUAUUGUUGGCAGGAACAGACAGACUAGACAAAUCUCUGACAAUUGGUCAAAUGCAAGGAAAGUUUCAAGUGAUUGUUGUUCGACAUACUGGUCAUUCUAUACAGGAAGACGUACCAGAUGAGUUUGCUUCUCUUAUAAGCAAUUUCAUAUCUCGCAAUCGAAUAGGUCCACAUGGUGUUGAGAUACCAGGGCUUCCUCGUCCACAAAAGUAAAAGUUCAGUCACAAAUCUGAGUAAUCAAGAGGAGAAGAAAAUCAUUAUUCCCUGAGAAUUUCAACUUUAGUUUUCCCUUGCUUGAUUUUUCUUCUGUAAUCUCCGAACAUCCACUCGACACAUGAAACAUUGUAUACUUGGUAACAUUUUACAAAAUCUGGGUCUGUGGUUCUGUCUUUUGGGAGCCAUCUUUUUAUUUUGUAUUUACGGCUUUGGUUUGGAAUGUUGUAAUGGACGUAAAUAUACCUUUUGUUUAAUUACUGAUCACCAGUCAGAUUCAGCGUGGAUCAGAAAAGACAAAACACUGACUCUGUUUGGAGGUAAA